UAAUAUAAUUAUAAUUAAUAGUGUUAUUUGGUUUCAGACUUUGCAUAAUGGAAUCAAAAAAAUUUUUUUUGGUUACAUUUUUAGAUGAAGAUGAUGCUCCUGGCAUAGUUUCAUCAAAGUGGUUAAGAUACCAACACUUGUUAUUACCCUAAUGUAUGCACUGAAGAAAUCAAAAACAAACUUGAAGAAGAUACCUGCACCUGAAGCAACAUGGUCACAAUAUCAAAUAAAAAUACUUAAAAGUUAUGAAACUUAUGGCGAAGCACGAUUACAUUUAAAAAAAGCGGAAGAAACCUGAAAUUUGGACUCAGACGAAGCAGAAAAUGAUGUUACAAAUGAAGUGACAGUGGACAUAAUGUCUGCUGUAAAUUACCCAGUCACCUCCGGUUCUAAAGAGGCCAAGCAAACACAACUCAAAGCUGUUAACUGCCAAUCAGAGUGCAUUACAAACAAGCAAUAUGCUAUACAACAGAGUCAUAUGAUUCAGAUUGUGUCAGAAGACCUAGCUAACCAAAUGGCUGAAAUCAAUAGAAAAUUGGAUUUACCGUUAGCUAGGUCCGAAGAAACAUUUUCACCAACAGAUGACAAUGCAGGUCUUUCAGAACUUUUGGCAAGUCUACCAGUAAAAGAUAUUGCAAGUUUUAAUAAUUUCGAUGACCAUUUAAAAAUAAACAAGAAUACAGAUGUCAUUUUUGUCUGGUAUUGGCGGCAGAAAUGUAAGAAGCCUUACGACUAAUAUGUUGAGACGAAUAAUUCUAGAUGAUGUAGCCGAGUUGUAUUCGUUAACUGGGAAACAGAUGAAAAAUUCGAAUAAAAAGUCAUUUAUGAGUACAGAAACCUAUAAAUUAAUCUUUCGUAAGUACCUUUAUUUUAUUACAAACUUAUACAGGGUGUAAAUGAAUUCAUAGGCAACCUUGCAGGGGGUGGCUCAGACCAUCAUUAUGAAC